AAAGUUGUAGUCUGUUAGGUUUAAGUUUCAGGUUGGUUAAUGAUUUCUGAGAACAUCCAGGAACAGUCUUAAUUCUCACCUGUUGCGGUGCUGGGCGCAGGCUCAGCCCAUCUGUAUAAUUUGGGAUGUCUAAUUGCUCUUUCAGGAUAUUUCAGAAGAGGAGUUCAGAGGAGAGAGCUGUUCCGCACUCAGCCACUGUGUAAUUUUAUCCACGCCGCAGUCUCUCACUUCACACAGGGCUGAUACCUUUUGCCUCCCCCUUUCCUUUGUAUCAAUUGGUCGGCCCAUUGUCGCCGCAACCGUCUUUUAUAUCUGCGCUCAGUCUGAGCAGAGGCUCUCAGUCAGACCUGCAGGAGGGAUUCCCAGAGGCAGCAGCAGCACAGGCGAGGAGCGGAUCCCACCUCAGGGGCGGCCGUGUAGAGUCUCUCGAGCUCGGAUGUGCGCAAGGCUGGAGUUCUCAAGCGUUGGGGCCCCGGCACUUUAAUGGGAUCCCGAGAUCCGGGCAGGAGUUCUCUGUUUUUUCAUCAUAAUCGUCGCUCCCCGACCAUGCCACAAUGCUAAUAAUACCUCUGCUGGUGUUGCUGAGCCUGUUGGAUUCUGUCAGUCCCCGGGCCCGCUGCGCCCCGGGCCAGGCUUGCGACCCCCGGCAGCGGAGGGACGCUGGGGGCCGCGGAGGAGUGUAUGAACACCUCGGAGGAGCGCCGAGACGCAGAAAACUCUACUGCGCUACUAAAUAUCAUUUACAAAUCCAUUCUAAUGGGAAAAUAGAUGGAUCAUUGGAGGAAAACAACCCGUUUAGCAUCAUGGAAAUCACAGCAGUGGAUGUGGGUGUUGUGGCCAUAAAAGGGCUUUUCUCUGGCAGAUAUCUGGCCAUGAAUGAUAAAGGCCGGCUGUAUGCCUCGGAAGUGUUCAACAGAGAGUGUGAGUUUGUGGAGCGGAUCCAUGAGCUGGGGUACAACACCUACGCGUCCCGCCACCACUCCACCGAGCAGCCGCUGCCACCAGGGGGCACCAGCAGCAGCAAGCGACGAGCCAGCGCCAAGCGCCAGUGGUACGUUUCCAUUAACGGCAAAGGCAGGCCGCGGAGAGGCUUUAAGACCCGAAGCACGGACAAAGCCUCACUUUUCCUUCCUCGGGUGCUGGGCAACAAGGACCACGAGAUGGUGAGGCGGCUGAGAGACACUCAGAGUGCACACCACCAUGCACAUAACCAUGGCAGCCGCGCUGACCGCCGGAGACGCCGGCAUCGUGCCAGGAAAGGCCGGGGCCGACAGCCAGAUGACUGAGCAGGCCUUUAGAGGAGGGAGCUGACCCCUUGGCCCUAUGACUCCUCCAGACAUGGACCUCUGAUCUCAGCACAUACUGUAGCUUGAUUGCAACGGAGGACGUGGAAAAACUGUUUGGAUCCUGCUUUCUGGUUCAGAAGAAGAUUUUGUUGUUGAUGCAGAGAGAAAAGAAAAUCUGUAGAAGGAGAAGGAAAUACAGAGGGCCACCCCUGUGUGCUGGGACACAUGUAUCAAAACAGGAGACUUUAACUCACCCACACACACACACACACACACACACACACACACACACACAGCAGUAUAAUCUUCUAUUUGAUGUCUGACUUCUCCAAAAUGCUACUGUCUUAAACAAAUAUAUUAAUAUAGUUGAAAACUGCUAUUUUACUUUGUAAAAAGUUCUACUUUGGUACAAGAAAUAAUUUUACCAUCAACUUCACAUGGAGCUAAACACCUUUUAAAAGUGGUUCUAUUUUUGUAAAUACAGUGCACACUAUGCAUGUACAGUGACUUCCUAGCUUCAUUUGUCAAAAGCUGGAAUGACAAACACUAUAAUAUUUUGCUAUUUUGAAGUGCUAACAAGCAUGACGGAUAUUUAAGAGAGGUCUUUACACAGCAAAGCACUUUUUAUCAGAUUCACAUUAAGAAGGGACACUCAGUGUGCGACGGGAUAAGUGUAUUUUAUUGUGACAUUCUUCCAAUGUGAUAGUCUACUGGCUGUAAACUGAAAGAUGUACUUUGUAUAUUGUACUAAUGAUAUGAAUAUUUAUUUGGUGCCUGUGUUGUAAGUUAUUGAUAAGACUAUUUCUGCAUUUUACCAAUGUUGCUGUUUGUUUUCACUCACCACCUGGUUCCAACAUAAAAUACAAUGGUACUGACCCA